UCGUACAAUAGGUUUUGAUGAGUUAAGUACUAGUUUCAUCUUUUACGAAUAUCGUUAUUACUUUUUACUGGUUCUUGACAGCAAACAUAGACUCGAAAUUGAAGACAAAGUAGAUGAAAAUUCGCAUAUAUACAACCAUCAUGGCGGGGAAGUCAAUGUGAAAUGGCAAUACCUGAAAAUGAAUUCUAAUCAAAUCAAAGUCACCUUUUCAAAUAACAUUACCUUAGUAAUUACUGUCCCAAAUAUUACUGAAAUGCAACAAAUCAUCGCCUCCCAGACCAAUCCAAGUCCAAGUCCAAAUAUUAACUCACUAGUAAAAGGCCCCAUCGAGCAAAGCUCUCUGCGUUUAUUCAUUCUGACUGUGGAAAACCAGUUUAAACUUGCACACCUACCAAUUUCUUGUUAUCAUGAACUAUUGACAGUCGCACUAGAUGCUUUGAAGCAUGCAAACCAAGAAUUUCGUGACGCUUUUGAUCGAUUGGUUGUUGAGAUCUCAGAAAAGAAAACUAAAAAUUCGAGUUAG